CACUCCUUCCACUUUGCCUUUCGGUUGUUCCGACGUAGCUGAGCCGCCUUCCCGCUCUUGCAGCAAACGUUAGAGGACCAUGCCGGGCCUGCUGCUAGGAGACGAGGCGCCUAAUUUCCAGGCUGACACCACGCACGGUCCCAUCCGCUUCCACGAAUUUCUGGGAGACUCAUGGGGCAUCCUCUUCUCUCAUCCAAGGGACUUUACUCCAGUGUGUACUACAGAACUUGGUCGAGCAGCAAAAUUAGCACCAGAAUUUGCCAAGCGAAAUGUUAAAUUAAUAGCCCUCUCUAUUGAUGAUGUCAGUGACCAUCUCGCCUGGUGCAAGGACAUCAAUGCCUACAACAAUGACAAGGCUAUUGACAAACUCCCUUUUCCAAUAAUUGCUGAUUUAAAACGGGAACUUUCAGUCCAACUUGGCAUGCUGGAUCCAGAUGAGAUAGGCAAAGAUGGAAUGCCUUUGACUGCUCGUGUGGUAUUUAUUUUUGGCCCAGAUAAGAAACUGAAACUCUCUAUCCUCUACCCAGCAACCACUGGAAGAAACUUUGAUGAGAUUCUAAGAGUUGUUGAUUCCUUGCAAUUAACAGCUGUUAAGAAAGUUGCUACACCUGUUGACUGGAAGACUGGAGACCAGGUCAUGGUUGUUCCAAGCUUAUCAGAUGAAGAAGCCAAAAAGCUGUUUCCAGGAGGGAUUUGCACUAAGCAACUUCCAUCGGGCAAGAAUUAUCUUCGUUAUACCUCCCCAUAACAAUUGUGAAGAGAAAUCAUAUGAACAGAAUGCUAUCACUGGGACUUUGCAGGACUGGUUGCUUUAAAUGUGUGGAAAUAUACUUUGAGAGGCUGUUGCAAAAGGGAAGCAAAGUAUCUAUUAAUUUUUUUUAACCCAGUGACUGGUGUGGCUUACAGCUUCAGCUAAUCAGUUUAGGCUUGUUCAAAUGAAAUCAGUUUUCCUCACCUUCUUCUUGGAAUUGAAAUUACCACUUUUAAAACAGUACAGAUUUUUCUUUAAUGUAUUUUCUAUUCUCCAGCCACAUAAAGCAUGAUUCAUGAAGAGCGGAUUAAUAUUUUUUCAUUAAUUGGAAUCAAUUUCUGUCAUGUGUAAAAAGAGUCACAUCUUGUAUUAUUGUUUCCAAGAUUAUCAGACAUGAAGGUUUUUGGAUUCAGUUUACAAAAUAAAUUGAAUAAACUAUUACUUGUAUUUGGGACUUUCAUUUUAAUCCACUGUAUUAAUUAAAAGCCUAAUUCAGAAAAAAUGUUAAUUUUGUGAAUGAUUAAAGCAGAGGUAUGGAAUAGAUUUAACAAAGAUGACAUCUUUUAUUUAGCUGGUUCAGAAAAUAAAUCAAGUUAAAAUA